UAACAAGGAAUACGUCACGCGUCUGCGCCGGACUGACGGCAAUUGCUUUGCCACGCGAUGCGCAUGGAUGCAGAAGGCAGGGGCCAGGGGUUCCUGAGCACGCGGCAAGUGCCGUCGACUGCUAGACGUGCGUGCAGUGUCACACGCACGGGAGGAGGUAGUGCACGCGUAGCUGCUGCUGUAAACGCGUAACAACGUGCACACACGUGUACACGACCCGUUCCAUAGUAGAAUUAUGGUGCAAACCGCUGCGAGAAGUCACGUAUUCGAUGCACCGCUCGUGACAGCCACGCUGACAUUGACGCUGUUGUCGCUCGUCGAUCAAGUAUCUUCUAGGCUGUGCAAUGGAGGGCAUGUCUGCUCUCCUCCAAAAGAGUGCUGUACUCAUGGCUGUUGUUAUAGUGUCUUCACACCGGUACAUCCUCACGUUUCAGAGAUGUUCAAUUUCUUGAUUUGGACUUAUUGGUAUUUGUGGGCAGCAGUGCUCGCAGCCUUAGCCAUAGCCGCAAUAUGCGGUUUCUGGCUAUGGAAACGUCGUCGCGCGGCGCUAUUGGAAGAUUCCGUAUCCUCGGAAAGGACCUCCUCAGGACCGUGGUAUCCACCUCCUCAUUACAGCCGAUGUAGUUCUUUCGUUCAAGCAUUACCACCGCCAUACAACGAGGUGACCGCAAAACCAGACCUUUAUCCAUUGGUGAUCGGUUACGAUGACACCUCAGGCAAAGGAACUUCCGGUUUUGUGAUGCGCUAUUUCAGAUCGCUGUCUCAUGCGAGCACGUUGGAUUCAUUGAGUUCCAGUUUUAUGUGUAAUAUGGUGAACGAAGCAAACACUAUUAUUCCACCGCCGUACUCCUGCAACAACAGCGUCGACGAAUUAUCAGCGGUGGAAUGCGAGAGAAGAGAAACCGGAGACGUUGGCUCGAUCGUCUCACUGACAAAUCAUAGAACAACUUCUGACAUAUCAAGCCUAGCUGCUCAAUCGCCUUGUUCUCCGCCGAGGGCUACCAGUCCAACAAUAGAGUUGCGAGAAUUGUUGGACAAGAUACAGCAACUUCCUCAUUUAUCUAACGGACAUGCUACCGCCGUGCAUUGCCAGCAAAAUUGCCAGACCCCGAUCUUAUAUGUAACCAACAGCGAUGGUACUACGCAACAACGGCCUCUAAGUCCCAACGACGUCGGUUCGUAUAAAGUAAGGAGAACCCGUGGCAAGCUGUAUAUGCCGUUGGGAUUGCCGAGUUCGCGAAGCAAAACUAAGCGAUGGUUGUCGCGCUCCGCGCCGACGACGCCCUCGGGAACGAUACCAAUGUCCUUCUUGCCGGGACAAAGUAGGAGGCCUUCGGAGACCGACAACAACAACCAACAGGCGGUGCCGCUGCUUUAUGAGCAAGACGAGAACGAGAACAAUAACGCGGAUCAGUCUUCAUCGGGCGUCCCUCUACUCACUGAACAAGAAGAGAAUCAACAGGCAACAUGACACGUGGUCUAAAUUAUUCGUGCCACUAACGAUCGACAUUGCCAGGAUCUAACGCAAGAGUCGGUAUGCACACAUACACACAUACAUGAUCUAAAUAUUUUUUAAUAUGGCUCCUAUAUUAAAACUUGUCAUGUAUACUUUAUCAUAGAGUUACACUCCAGAUGUAUAUCUAGAUAUUCGCGCAUGAUGACUAUCAUUUAAAAAACUUGAAUUAUAUUGUUGUUUUGUUAAUUUAGUAUCGUAUAACUGAGAUUAUUUAUUUUUUAAUCUUGUGCGCCUAAUUUUUGUAUAAUAUAUAUUUUGAAAUAAAAUACUAUUCAGACAUAGUUGUAAAUCAUGAUGCACAAAUAUCUGAACACAAUAUAUAUACAUUUUGAAUAUAUCCCGAAUGUAUCUAAUUUAUGUGAUAAAGCAUACAUGACGCAUAUUAUAAAAUAUGAUAAGAUACUAAUAUAGAUCUCAUCUAUUCUAGAAAUUAUCUAUUCUUUUUAUUUUCAAACAAUUAUCCUUUUUAAACUAUUUUCUAAUUCUCUUUUUGUGCUGUACACGUUUGUCGCACGACUAUGUAAUCAUAUAUAGAGUUAGAAAGCAAAAGACAAAAUACACAAUGAUGUUUUUCUUCUGCGUGUCAUAGAAAAGAAUGGAUAUUGAAAAAAAAAAAAUAGAGAAAUAGCUCGGCAUUUCUAAAAUAGACGAGAUCUAUAGUAUUGUCACUAAUGUGCCGCCUACUUUUUCAAACCAAAAUCCUCAAAAAAUUUGCAGGUAUUUUAGAGCCGUUUUGGCAAAAUGAGUUAAGGCCUUAUCCGCAAGCGCAGUUUUAGAAUUCGAGAUUCUGGAAUUACGAUCAUUUAUAAUCUUAGAUAUAAAAAUAGAAUACAAACGAAAAUGCUGUUUGCUCUUCUGAAGGAUGUAAAAGAGACGAAUCUUAAGACUCUCCUUUUAGCUUUGAAAUCUCCAGCUUGAUUUUCUUUCAAUAAACAUCUCGAAUUCGUAAUUGUAUUACGAGCGAUAUCACAUUUUCUACGCGAAACAACCCAAGCAGAACAGAAAAUCACAAUAAUGUUAAAAUGAUAUCAUAAAGUUUACUAAAAGUCAUUAUGAUGUUAUUUUGAAAUCAUUUUCAAGUUAUUUUGAUGUCAUUUUGAUAUUAUUUAAUGUAUUGUGAUUUUCUGUUCUGCUUAAAAUGAAUUGUUGUCCAAUUAUAUCAGGACGGAAGGAUGGAAGAGUUAUUGUUUCUCCACGAUUGUAUUAGUUCAUGACGCGUAAAUUAGAAGCGAAACAAUACAAGCUGAUUUGCGUCAGAACAGUACAAUGGCAGCCAAAAAAGAACGUUUCGCGCUUUACGAAACUAUAAGUUAAACGAAUAAUAAUUUUAAUCGUUAUCUGUAAGAUGUCAAAUUACGCAUUCGAUACAUCGAAAUUUAUUCAUGAAUGGAAUAGAUUACGAAAGUUUUGACAACCGUCUGGUUAAUAUAAGAACACGAAUUUUAUUAUCGUAUACUUAUAAGUUUUAUCGAUACAAUAAUACGUAAAAAAUUAUCCAUCCAAAUAAAUCAGAUCAGAAGAGAAAAAGUUCGGACAAUAUCGCGUAAUAGCGUAGAAAUACUGUAAGCGACGGUUGAACAUAUGGGACACACGAGCCAAUGUACAAUGCAAAUUCCGUCAACAAUUAACAAGCUCCGUUACAGAGACUAGACUAGUACAUAAACAUAUAAAUUUAUAGUAUAUAUAUAUAUAUAUAUAUAUAUAUAUAUAUAUAUAUAUAUAUACACAUAUAUAUGAUACAAAUUUAUGUACUUAUUAUAUAAUUUUAAUUUAAUUUAUAAGCAUUUUUAAUUUUAAAGAUUCAUGCGAGAGAUAAUAUCGGGAUAACAAAAUAUCACAUGCAAACCUUAGUAGCAGUAAGAAAAAUACUGGACUGAAAUAUAAUUUACGUGACAAUUUGCAAUUAAUUAAAUUUAUAUUUCAUAUCAUAUAGCCCAAGCAGAACAAAAAAUAACAAUAUUAUCAAAAUGACUUCAUAAUGACUUUUGAUAGUCAUUUGAUGUUAUUUUAAUAUUAUUAUGAUUUUCUGUCUGCUUGGGAGAGAGCUCUACGUACUAUGCUAUCGCGCACAAUUACUAUUUCCGGAUAUUCUGAAUCCUUAAUAUGUCUUAUGAUUUGUUUUUCGCAACCUGAUAUCUGUACGUCAAAAAAAAAAUGUUAUUUACAUGUGUGUACGCAUGGAUAUAAAUAUAUUUAAUAUAUGUACAAUAUAUAAAUAAAUAUUGCCAAGAUUUUAAUUAAUUGAAAAAUUUGAGCUCUAUUUAUACUUUUGUAAUGGCGAUUUGUCGCUCAAUUAAUUGUUUGUUCAUGUAUUAAUUUAAUUACAACGCAAAUUGUGAAAAUAGCAAUGUCACUUUCUUUUUGUCUCUGCUCGGUUUUUGUUAAGAUAUAUCAUUAUACGCUUUGCUUUAUUUUAAGAGAGAAACAUGAUAAGAAUACCCGAUAUGUGCGCUCUGUAAACUAUAAUUAUUCCCUAAAAGUAAGAUUCUGUACACAUACAAAAUACUAAUAAUCGUAUAUAGAAGUUG